GUGUCGGCGUUCGUACCUCCAUUGAAACACAAAUAUUAAUCAGACAUGGAGUCUACAGAAUUUGAAUUUCCAGGGAUGACAAGUGAGAAACAUCCCGAAUGUUUCAACAUCGAGGCCAUGCCACCUCAACCGAAAGACAAAAAACCUGGGCAACUUCCCGAUCACCUUAUCAAACAAUUUUUUGAGGAGGGUUAUAUUCUGGUAGAGGAUUUUUUCGACACUGAAAAGGAAUUGGAUCCAGUGAGAGAAGCUAUUAAUGAUUUGGUAGAUGGACUUGCUAAAAAACUUUAUGAUGCUGGCAAGAUUAAAAAAUUGUAUAAAGAAUGCGGAUUUUUUGAACGACUUACGAAAAUAGAGGCAGAAUUUCCAGGAGCCAACAUUCUUUUACACAAGAUGGGCAAGCUCCCACAGGCUUUCAGAGACCUCUGGUCAAAUGAUAGAUUAUUAAAUGUCAUCGAGCAACUGAUUGGACCAGAUAUUGCAACGUCACCGGUGUGGAAUCUGAGGACGAAGACACCGAAAAAUAAUGCAACUAUCGUACCCUGGCAUCAAGAUAGUGGAUAUUUUGACAAUCAGUCAUACAAAGUUAUGAUACCCACGGCCUGGAUACCUUUACUUAAUACCGAUGAUUUCAAUGGAGGAAUGCAAGUGGCUAAAAGGGGUCACCGCUCUGGGAAAGUAGCAACGCAUCAGUGUUGCUGGGGAAACACCUGGUAUGUUAUGCUUGAAGAGGAAGAAAUGCAGAAAACGCUAGGAGUGGACUUGGAGAAUGACGUCAUUACAUGUCCGGUGCCAUACGGAGGGAUGCUUCUGUUUAAUAACCUGACUCCUCAUCGUAGUCUUCCUAACAUUUCUAAUCAAAUUCGGUGGGCACUUGAUCUCCGAUGGCAGCGACCUGACCAGCCAUAUGGGUUGUUUAACCUAAAGGACGGACUUGUUCUGCGCAAAGACGGCAAAAACGUUGAGCGAGACUGGGAGAAAUUCGAGUCCGUGGACAGAACCAUUGAACAAAAGAAAUCCGUAGAAGGCUUUGUUGAUCUUUUUGGAGGAGCAUGCCUCGGCUUAGGAAUUUUUGUCCUGGUGGAUAAGAAUGAAAUUUUGGUCCUGACCCGCAGUGUGGAUACAAGCAGUCUAGAUGUACCCUCCCUUCUAGAAUCAGCUGCUUAUGCCCUCAUUGCCGGAGGGGGGUUCAUCUUUUUCGUGGCUUUCUUAGGAUGCUGUGGUGCCAUCAUGAAAAACAAAUGCAUGCUUCUUGUGUAUUCAAUUAUCGUGGGAUUGAUUUUCGCUGUGGAGGCAUCGGCAUGUAUCUUGGCAGUCGUUUACAAAAGUGAUUUUGACAAAUACGCCAAAAGCAACCUUAAUACCUUGUUGGAAACGAGAUACAAAGGACCAUAUGACACCUCUGAUGCCAUCAGCUUGGCUUUAGAUCUAGCAUUCAUCAUUCUGGAAUGUUGUGGAAUUGAGUCCGGCUUGGAAUUUAAUUCCACUGCAACGAACUGGAAUACGACUUAUGUCUAUCAGUCCGGAGGAAGCUAUACCACAGCCACGGCAGUAAUACCGCCGACUUGCUGUGAGUUCACCAACAAGGACGCAUUCCCGUCCGAUCCCGUCACAUUUUACAAUUCCAUGACAAAUAACCAGUGUCCAAUCAAUGCGGCCAACUCAUAUUACAACCAGGGAUGCUACGAUCAAUUACAGUCAAAGUUUGAGGCUUAUCUGUACAUUCUUAUAGGAAUAGCAGCAGGCGUCGGCGCAUUAGAGUUAAUUGGCAUCAUAUCAGCUUGUUGUUUAAUGAAAAAGAAUAAAGAUUCGGAUAUAUCAGAUGCAGCUAAAGCUUAGAGGACCAGAUAAGUUAGAGGACCAGUUAAGCAUGCGAUGUGUACCGACCAAUGCAAAAGCUUGAAUUGAGAGUUCUCAUUAAUCAAUCUGGAAUGACGUCACAUAAUGACGAACUAUUAAUACUUCAAACAUAUUUUUUUUUUUAGAAAAAAUAUUUGUUAUACUACUUGU